AUGUCGAGAGACACCGGUCGUCUCGGCAAAAAUGUUAGUUCGGGUGCCAUACCGAAAACUUAUGCUCAAUAUCUGACCUCGAAGGAAUCUGACCGGAAAACCGCCGAAGAUCAUCGACCAGGUCACAGUUUAGGGAAGAGUGCCUUUGUUUACGUCGAUUCAUCGAAAACUCCACAGCAGCCGGAAGGCGUUCGCUACUCUUGUGCCAGCGAUCUCGCUGCUCUCCCGGGACAACCCAACUUCCAAUUCGUCUACGCUGAGAAUACGUCGCUGCCUAAGAUAUCUCCCACACUUUCCGAGAAGGCGGUGAGUCAAAUCGUGAAAAGUAAAUCGAGUUCUCCCUCGUCGUUCGAGCCCCCACGCCCCAACGUCUUCCAAGCGAGCCUGAAUCCUUCGAAAAGCGAGACCAUCAAAGAGAAGAACUUGGAGGCGAAAUCGAAGUUUUUCGCAACUCCUGAAGUAUCGACCGUCAACGCGCGCUACUCGUACGUUUCGCCGUUGGAGUCUUCCAAUAAUUUGUCGUCUCUCAGUGGUCACAGACCUGACAGGUCUUCUUAUCUGCCGAAAUACACCCAACGGAUCGAUAAGCUGUCGUAUUACACCACCGACAAUUCCCUCCGACCCGUCGAGACGAAGUUCGCUCCAGACGCCGCCCGAGACUACUCGGCGUCCGAAGCUCAGGAAUCGCCGAGCUCAUCAUCGUCGUCGUAUACGACAACCGUUCACUUGAUUGGGAAAAACCAGGAACCGGUACCGAGCCCAAGAUUCCGAGCUGCCGACCCACCUCAGCAGCAACGAACGAAUCCGCUCAUUUCACUGCCGUCUGAGAACAUGCCGACUCAAGAAGAACAACUGGCUACGAUUUCCACCGUCGGAGAGCAAUUGUCGACGGUGCAAGUCAACCAAGCGCACAUCGCGGUCGAGUCUAAGGUGACCUCGGCCAAACAACAGCAGCAGCGACAGCAAGAACAGGAACAGAUCCAGCUGCAGCACCAGCAGGAGCGCGACACAGAAAGACCGGCUUCGCCAGAAUUCAAGUCGGGAGUCACCCGUAGCGGGACGAAUACACCUUGCGGAACUUUGCGGGUAUAUCGCGUGGUCGAAGUGGCCGAUGGGGUUCAGCACACGCCCAUAAAAGUCUUGGGCUCGAAACCUAGUCGGAAGCAGCAAGAUCCGGGUCUCGCAUCCGAUGAUGGACACAUCAUGCCGGAUGUGCUCGCUUCGAAAGAAUAUCAGAAGGGCUACGAGUCCCCCCGAGCGGAGAAAAACUCGGUUUAUGCAUCCAGCAGCUUCAGAUCCGAUACGAACGGCGGAAGUGGAGAGUACAGUUCGAAAUACAAGGAUGUGGCAGGCAACACUCUCAGUAAACUCGACGGACCCGUCGGUUUCUCCACUCUACCCGAGCAGGUCUACAACAAGACCGUCAAGAGAGGCUUCGAAUUCACCCUGAUGGUGUGCGGCGAGUCCGGCUUAGGUAAAAGCACACUGGUGAAUUCGUUGUUCUGUGCCGAUAUCUAUUCAGCGGACUAUCCUGGUCCCUCGAAACGAACUGUGGAGAAGACUGUUCAGGUCGAAACGACCAAAGUUGUUCUGCAAGAGGGCCAGGUCACCCUGACUCUGACGAUUGUAGACACUCCUGGCUUCGGUGGUAACCUAGAUAACACGAACUGUUGGGUUCCCAUCACAGACUUCAUCGAGGACAAAUACGCCGAGUAUUUGCAGGAGGAGACAAAAAUUCAAAGAAAUGCUCACAUCGUCGACAACAGAGUCCAUUGCUGCUUAUAUUUCAUCGCACCUUCGGGACACGGUCUGAAGCCGCUCGAUGUGGAGGUGAUGAAGAAGCUGCAUGACAAGGUGAACAUCGUACCGGUGAUUGCGAAAGCGGAUACGUUCACUCCUGAAGAAUGUCAGCUCUUCAAGAGGAGAAUCCAAAACGAAUUGACUCAACACGGCAUCAAGGUAUACGACUUCCCAGCGUUGAACGAAAUCAGUGAAAACGGUUCGGUCGAUAACGGGGACGGCGAAAAAAGCAAAUCGAUUAAGGACCGGCUCCCCUUCGCCGUCGUCGGCUCCAACGCCCUGAUAGAAGUUGCCGGCAAGAAGGUUCGAGCAAGAAAAUACCCGUGGGGCGUCGUGGAAGUCGAUUCUAUCGAGCACUGUGAUUUCAUUCCGUUGCGGAAUUUGCUCAUCCGCAGUCACAUGCAAGACCUGAAAGAAGUCACCCACAAUUGUCACUAUGAGCACUUCAGGGUUCGCAAGCUCACCGGUGGUACCUCUGUACCCCCGGAAGGAAGCAGCAACAAAAACCCCCUGGCUCAAAUGGAAGAAGAGAAGAAGGAGCACGACCUCAAGAUAGAAAAAAUGCGUCAAGGUUUCGAGGACGUUUUCUCGAUGAAAGUCAAAGAGAAGCUGCAAAAGCUUGAGAACGACGAGGUUGAACGAACGAGACGCCAUCAAGAGCAGAUGAAACAACUCGAGAAACAGCGGGCCGAACUCGAAGAACGCGAGAAAAACUUGGAACGCGAGAAGAUGGCGUUCGACUCGACUCAUAAAGAGUAUGAAGACAUCAUCAAGAGGAUGACCCUCGACAACAGAGACACUUUAGACUCCUCGGGCGGAAAGAGAAAGGAAAAGAAGAAGGGGAUCUUCUAAGGAAAGACAAUUUGAGAAACGAAACGCGCUGCAUUCAGCGAGUCAUCUGGAUGCAGUUUCGACCCAUUUCCCUCACAACAACAGCUGCGACCUCCCUAAGACAGAAGCACUUCUACAUUCAAGUAUAGAGAGCACGGUUGAAACCUCUAUCACAUCACAACAGUAGUAGCUGCAGCAGAAGCUUCUACAACGAAAUUUCUUGCUCACCUCAUUUCUCAUAUCGACAAGCGCAGUAGUUCUGCGAGUAAGGGAAAAUAAAGACACAGAAGUGUUACUGAUAGAUCUCUCAGCGACAAAUCGACUCCGGGAAGAGAUAAAUACGGAUCUCGAUUUGAGCCAACCCAAUCGGAGAGAGGAUGUUUGCAAUGUCAAUUUUCCCAGCGACUGGCGAGCAUGGAAGCAUUGAUUAACAGACUGAUUGAUUGAUUGAUAGGUUGAAAGAUCGAUUGGCUGAUUCACCUAUCGAUGUGUGCACGGACACGUCCGCAAAUUAGGUCUCACUCAGUCUCACUCAGUUCCGACUAGUUCCUCUGCCCAACCGGAAAACCGCUUGUUCUGUUCGAAUCCACGAUUCCGAAUCAACAGCUGAGUGGAUUUCAGGCUUAAGACAGGCUGUGGGUGCGUACCCAUCGGGAGUCUCGUCAGAAACAGCGUUUCGAAGAACUCGAUUUGCGUAGAUUCGGAAGCCAACGAUCGUUCGUGGGAGGAAGGCGACCUCUACUAUUGUCUCGGGGAUCUGCCAGACUCUGAAAACGGUUCGGCCCGCUCGUAUGCUACAGGUUUUUCACAACGUAGGAAAUGAGUUUGUUCCCGAGUUUCUGACAUUUCCGAGGCCUCGAGCAGCACACCGCCACCAUCUAUCAUCUCUCUGGUUCACUGAGUUUUUCGAGUAAAAAAAUAAGUUAUACAUACGAAUGAUACCGAUGAUGAUGAUGAUAAUAAUAAUUAUUAUGACGGAUGCCAUCAUUCAUUAUUCCUCUCGAUGCUCCAUCCUUGCAUCCGCCAAUGUCUUCGGCGUAAUACUGUCUCAGAAAAUCACGAAAUGUACGAGGCUGCUUCGGUAUGUGCCAUAUGAUUCGAUCGGUAAAAUGUCUUUACACAUCGAUAUAUUCAAUCUAUGAGAACUCUUUGAUUGCAUGGCAACAAGUUAUUAGAGUAGACAAGCUUUGUACCAAUCAUUUUUCCGAUUCCGCCAGCGCAUUAUGUUCAAUAAAAUCAAC